GCUGAAAUAGUCACCAUGGGGGAGAAUGACCCACCCCCCGCGGAGGCCCCCUUCUCCUUCAGAUCACUUUUUGGACUUGACGAUUUGAAAAUAAGUCCUGUUGCACCAGACGCGGAUGCGGUUGCGGCACAGAUACUGUCCCUGCUCCCACUGAAGUUCUUUCCCAUCAUUGUCAUUGGGAUCAUUGCCUUGAUAUUAGCAUUGGCCAUCGGGCUGGGCAUCCACUUCGAUUGUUCUGGAAAGUACAGGUGUCGCUCAUCUUUUAAGUGUAUUGACCUGACGGCUCGAUGUGAUGGGGUCUCAGACUGCAGAGACGGGGAGGAUGAGUACCGGUGUGUCCGCGUGAGUGGCCAGAACGCAGUGCUCCAGGUGUUCACAGCCGCGGCGUGGAGAACCAUGUGCUCUGACGAUUGGAGAGGCCUCCACGCUAACGUCGCCUGUGCCCAGCUGGGGUUUCCAAGCUACGUGAGUUCAGACACCCUCAGGGUGGACUUGCUCGAGGAGCAGCUCCAGGAGGACUUUGCGUCCAUCAAUCACCUCCUGCCCGAUGACAAAGUGAGCGCUCUGCACCACUCCGUGUAUGUGAGGGAGGGGUGUGCCUCGGGUCGUGUGGUUACCUUGAAGUGUACAGUCUGUGGUCUGAGAACGGGCUACAGCUCACGCAUCGUGGGUGGAAACGUGUCCUCGCUCAUGCAGUGGCCGUGGCAGGCCAGCCUUCAGUUCCAGGGCUAUCACCUGUGCGGGGGCUCUGUCAUUACCCCCGUGUGGAUUGUCACUGCCGCGCACUGCGUCUAUGACCUGUACCUCCCCAAGUCCUGGACAAUCCAGGUGGGGCUGGUUUCCCUGUUGGACAGUCCAGCCCCUUCCCAUCUGGUGGAAAAAAUCAUCUACCACAGCAAGUACAAACCCAAGAGGCUGGGCAACGACAUCGCUCUCAUGAAGCUGGCUGGGCCUCUCACCUUCAGCGAGAUGAUCCAGCCCAUCUGCCUGCCCAACUCCGAAGAAAACUUUCCUGAUGGAAAAAUGUGCUGGACGUCAGGAUGGGGGGCCACAGAGGAUGGAGGGGACGGCUCCCCGGUCCUCAGCCACGCAGCUGUGCCUUUAAUCUCCAACAAGAUCUGCAACCACCGCGAUGUGUACGGCGGCAUCAUCUCUCCCUCCAUGCUCUGCGCCGGCUACCUGAAGGGCGGAGUGGACAGCUGUCAGGGAGACAGCGGGGGGCCGCUGGUGUGCCAGGAAAGGAGAGUGUGGAAGUUGGUGGGCGCAACGAGCUUUGGCAUUGGCUGUGCCGACGUGAACAAGCCCGGGGUCUACACGCGCAUCACCUCCUUCCUGGACUGGAUUCACGAGCAGAUGGAGAGGGACCUGAAAACCUGAACAGAAGGGGACAGGUGGCCACCUUGACUUCCUGCCGUGAUGGAGACCCCCCCGUCCUUCCACGGGUGCCUGGGCAGAAACUUGCAAUGGGAGCGCGAGCCUUCGGUGCUCUUCUUUCUGGCACCACCCGCAGAGCCAAAAGAAGGAGCACCUUUCUGUCGCUCCACGUCCAGAGCAACCUGCUUCUAGCAGCUCGACAAGCCGCGGGGGCGUUGGGCUAACAUGACCUGAUGCUCCUUGGUGACCUUCGCCGAGAACAGAUGUGGGAACGCCUUCGUGGUGUGGCCUUGUCCCACUGUCCACUCGGGUUUCUCUGCCCCCAGACACAGGCAAACCCCACCAAACAACGCAGGUACUCGGUAAGGACUCGAGGCUCAGAGCUGCAGGCGGCCAGUGUCACCGCACGUCUUCAUCCCCAGGCACUGGAAGCAACCCAAACUUUCUACUUCCAAGGGCCCUUUUCACGUGUGGGAGCUUGAUCUACAGUGGUUAGUCGUAAGGUUUAUCUCUAGUCUUUCUUUGUAGCAUUUGGUGCUUGGUGCAUUAUUUGUGUCCUGCUUCCCAGGGACAUGUGCUCCCAUAAGGCCUCCGUCAGAGCUUGUCUGAAUGAAUCCUGACGGCUCGUGUACAUUGCAAUCCUAAGCUAAACUGGAGAGCCUUGAUUACUUUGAUCUCCCCUAUAUACAUUGUGGGUUUUGCACUUCUCUGUUGGAACAGGUUUCUUUUCUUUUUUAAAGGUUUUAUAUAUUUAUUUAACAGAAGGAGAGAGAGAGAGAGCAUGAAUGGGCG